CCCCUUGGGCCGUGCAGGGAUGGUGAAUCAAACACACGGAGAUAGCAGCGGCAGCAGCACCGGAGGAGGGACCUUGUAGACCCCCUUGUGCCCGCGUGUGUCCGUGCAUGUGUGCGUGCAUGUGUGCGUGCAUGUGUGCGUGCAUGUGUGCGUGUAGCUCUCCGUUGAGCGAUGCCGGUGACAGCUUCAUACAGGACAGAGUGAGCCGCGGCCACGGGACAAGAUGCAGGCGGACGACAUGGAGAGCUCCAUGGAGUCUCCCAACCUGGAGUUUGAAUACGGAGACACGGACACACUCACCGCUGAACUCUCGGAGUUGUACAGUUACACAGAAGAGCCGGAGUUUGCCCUGAACAGAGACUACUUUGAAGAGGACUUUAAGAAUCAUGCCAAAGGACACAGGUGGACAGAGCUCUGUGUGGAGGAGCAGAGUGCUUAUGUGAUGAGGCUCCUGGACACUCUGGAGGUCACCGACCGCGACAAGAGGCUGAAGGUCACCCGAGCCAUCCUCUACCUUGCCCAAGGAGUGUUUGAUGAGUGUGACACAGAGAUGGAUGUGCUACACUGGUCCAGACACAAUGUGUUUCUGCUCUACAACAUGGGCAUCUUCACUGCACUGUUAGAGCUGCUCAGCAUGGAGAUGGAUAACAGUCAGGCCUGCAGCAGUGCAGUGAGGAAACCAGCCAUUUCCCUGGCAGACAGCACAGAGCUCAGAGUGUUAUUGAGCAUCAUGUAUCUGAUGGUGGAGACAAUCAGGGUUCAGACUGAAGAUGAUAGACCAGAGUGGAAAACUGCCCGAGAGUCCUUUAAAAAUGAGCUGGGUUCCCCUCUGUACAAUGGUGAACCUUUUGCUCUCCUCCUCUUUACGAUGGUCACCAAAUUCUGCAGCAUGAACGCUCCACACUUCCCCAUGAAAAAAGUCCUGCUGCUGCUGUGGAAAACCAUUCUGUUCACACUGGGAGGUUUUGAGGAGUUGCAGGAGAUGAAGGUUCGCGGUCGUGAGCGUCUAAACUUGCUGCCUUUGCCUGAAGACAGCAUCAAAGUGGUGCGGGCCAUGAGAGCCGCCUCCCCCCCAGCCUCAGCCAUGGAGCUGAUUGAGCAGCAGCAGCAGCAGAAGAGGGGACGUCGCAGUCGCAGGAGUGCCUUUGUUGAUAGCUUGGAAGGAGACAGUCCCUUUCCCAAGAAGCAGCCACUGGUCAAACAGGACAGCUUGGACACCUACAACGAACGUGACCCCUUUAAAAACGAUGAUGCUCGGGAUGAAGAGGAGGACCCUGAGGACACGGACAGUGGGAUAGAGGGAGAGGUGGACCCUUUGGAGAGAGAUGUGAUCAUCCAGCCCCCUCCUCCCCCUCCUCCACUCAGACCCCCCACAGACAGGAUCAACUUCCCCAAAGGACUGCCCUGGGCUCCCAAAGUGAGGGAGAAAGAUAUUGAGCACUUUCUAGAGACGAGCAGAAACAAGUUCAUUGGAUUUACUCUCGGAAAUGACACAGAGACACUUGUCGGCCUUCCCAAACCAAUCCACGAGAGUGUGAAAACUCUGAAACAGCACAAAUACGUUUCCAUUGCUGAGCUCCAAAUAAAGAGGGAGGAGGAUCUUCAACAAUGUCCAAUGACUAUGGGUGAAGAGGACAUAGAAGAAACGCCAGCAGAGAUUCUAUAUUUGGGCAUGCUUCCUAAUCUCUCCCAAUAUGUGAUUGCUCUCCUGAAGCUGCUACUGGCUGCUGCUCCAACUUCUAAAGCCAAAACUGACUCUAUCAACAUCUUGGCCGAUGUGCUACCAGAGGAGAUGCCCAUCACUGUCCUGCAGAGUAUGAAGCUGGGGAUUGAUGUGAACCGACACAAAGAAAUCAUCGUGAAGGCUAUCUCUGCUCUGCUGCUACUGGUGCUCAAACACUUUAAGCUCAACCACAUCUAUCAGUUCGAAAUCAUCUCCCAGCACCUGGUGUUUGCCAACUGCAUCCCUCUCAUCCUUAAGUUCUUCAACCAGAAUAUCAUGUCCUACAUCAGUGCUAAAAACAGUAUCUGUGUGCUGGACUUUCCUCACUGCGUGGUCCAUGAGAUGCCGGAGCUAACCGCUGAGAGCCUGGAAGCCGGAGAUACCAACCAGUUCUGUUGGAGGAACCUGUUUUCAUGUAUAAAUCUAUUGAGAAUAUUAAACAAGCUGACCAAGUGGAAGCACUCCAGAACCAUGAUGCUUGUAGUUUUUAAAUCGGCUCCAAUCCUGAAGCGAGCGCUGAAGGUGAAACAGGCCAUGAUGCAGCUGUAUGUGCUGAAGCUACUGAAGAUCCAAACCAAGUACCUGGGCCGACAGUGGAGGAAGAGCAAUAUGAAAACCAUGUCUGCUAUCUACCAGAAGGUCCGACACAGACUCAACGAUGAUUGGGCCUAUGGGAAUGAUAUCGAUGCACGGCCAUGGGACUUCCAGGCAGAGGAGUGCGCUUUGAGAGAAAGCAUUGAAAAGUUCAACAGCCGACGCUACGAUAGAAACAAAAACUGGGACUUCACCCCCGUGGACAACUGCCUCCAGAGUGUCUUGGGUCAGAGAGUGGAGCUGCCUGAAGACUUCCACUACAGCUAUGAAAUGUGGCUAGAGAGAGAGGUCUUCUCCCAGCCAAUCCAAUGGGAGGGGCUGCUGCAGAAUCCAUAGGAGGAAGAGAUAAGGGAGGGAGUAGGAUACAAAGGUCAAAUAGGGCAGAGAAUGAUGUUUAAAUGCCUUGAAGACCUGCUAUAUUGUUGUCCAAGUAGAUCAGAAGAAAUAAGAAUCUGUAGAAGAUGAGAGUACUGGAAAUUUUAACUCAGUUUAUUACUGCAUGGCCAGUUGAAUAGUAAAUUAAUGUUUACCAUUCCAAUCGAAGAGUUUUAUCUGUUAAGUAAUGCAAUUUAACAUAUUGUCCAUAUUCCAAACCCGAUUGAGUAUAUUUGGUAUUUGAUAACUCAAAUACAGGGCUGAAUACACAACCAGUUAUGCAUUGUUUUAGAGGUAUUAGUGGGUGAUAUUGACAAAAAUAUAUGGACCUGUCCUGAAUCAUCCAUUGGAGAGAACAGUAAAAAGUACAAUUUGGUAACAGUGGUGGAGAUUCAAAUAUUGCACAAAAUGUAAAUUACGUUAUAGACUUCUUUGGAUGAUUGCACUAAAGGUUUCUGUUCAUCUUUUGUCUAUUUUCUUAUUAGACAAUGCACAUAUUCUAAUUAAAAUACCAAUUAAUACAUUGUCUUGUAGAAAAUAUAUCACCCAUCUCUGUUUAGAGGCUAUAACAAGAACUACUCUGGGAUAGGCAAGGAAAGUUUAUCUUUACAGCAGAAUGCAUACAGAAAGUAAUUCAAAGUGCUUUACAGAAUAAGAAAGACAUUAAAAUCACAAUACAACAAAUCAGAACAUAAAUAAUCAUCAUAAAAUUAACAUUAAAAGAGAAGAGUGCAGAAUAAAAACCCUUCAGUCAAAAGCACAGCUAAAGCUCUGAGCUUGGAUUUAAACAUUGUCAAAGUAGAGGCAUGUCUUACAUGUUCAGGGAGACUAUUCCAGGUUUUAGCUGUAUAAAACUAAAGCAUAUUUCCCAUGUUCAAGUUCAAGUCUGAGUUCAUUAUUACUCCUAGUAACCUUAGUUAUCUGAACAGAGAAAAACAGCUGUAUGUUGAAUACAUAGACUGUAUAUAUAAAUACACAUAGCUAAUCUGCUAGCCGCUGUGUUCCAAAUGGGAAGUGAAUAUGGGUGCGCUCCAUCCACUCUGCCUCCAAUUCACUUUCUAUUGAAAAACUGUUACCCCUCUCUCCCUAACUGCUCCUGUCAGGCUUGUCAUUUUGGUCUUUUUCGCUAUUGUGUCCAUAACUCAAAAUAUGAACAUUAAUAACAGACCAAUGCUUAGCACUUCUGUCAAUCAAAAUGCAACAGGUUUGAUUGACAUUGCUAACCGCCCGUUCCUUGCCAAACCAGUGGUGCGGACGGGAAGGGGCUUUAUCUUCAACAUUCUCACUCUAGAUUGGCACUUUGGUUGUUAUGAUACUUGUGGUUAGAAUUCCAAAUAAGGAACUCGGGUCCAAAUUCGCACUCUCGCACUCCCUUAAUCAACUUCUUUAUACAGUCUAUGGUUCAAUUCCCAAUAGCAGUAAACAUUCAAAAUGAGGAUCAUCUCAGUUUUAGAAAUGUGCUUCCACCUAUGGAUUAAGAACAGGACACAGUCGAUCAAAAUGAAUGGAGCCACUUUGAAGAUGCACAAGAUGAUGAGUUUUGCUGAACAGUGCUUAUGACUACAGUGAAUAUACUACACACUGGAUGUACACUGCCCCAACUUCAGUUCUCUGUCAGACACUAUUUUGAACCUUGGUGCUGAUUUGACUCCUUAAAGACUUAAUUUUAUUUUGGGUUCAUUUUCAGAUUAAUUAUUUUUAAAGAGUUGACGGUAUAUAAUUUUAGACGUUUUAUACAAUGUUUAUUGGAUUGUAUUUUUACUGUUAAAUUUGAAUGUUUCCAGAUGCUUUUUCUUAAAGGGGUUGAUUCUUGCCACAGGGUCAGAUAUGGAAGAUAUUUAUAAAUGAAAAUGAGAAACAGCUCUGUAUGGUCUGCUCGUAUGAUAUAUGUACAGAUGUAUUCUGUAUAUAAAAAGGGUAUUUACCCAUGUAAUAUGAAGACAUUUAAGGGAAAUUUACUUCUAUAAUUUAAAAGAAAUGUAUCCACUUAACACAGUAGAUUAAAACACAAAUGCUAUUUUUAGCCCUUAUAUGAAUCCUGAAUGAAAGACAGCAUCUAGUUAGACGUAUACACCAACUUUUGUCCACAAAUUCUGUUUAUGGUACCUUUUUUAGCAGUGGUGGAAGGUAACAAAGUACAAAUAGCAAUGACGAUGUACUUAUUACUAUCUGUAAUUUACUUAAAUUUUACAGUUGAUAUUUUUUACUUUUACUUUAUUAUAUUUGAGAGCCGGUACUUUCUACUCUACUACAUUUUUGAACAGGACUGAAAAGUAAAAAGUACUUUUGAUUUGAGGGGUUAUUCUUACCAUGUUUGUGGUAACAUCCAGACUAAAGUUUUAGAGCUGUGGUUUUGAACAAACAAAAAUAAAUACACAAAAUUCAUAAUAAAAGUCAAGAAAUUGAUUCAAUAUCAUACAUACAUUUAACAUUUUAACAAAUUAAUAUUUGUGUGAAAUAAUUUCCUUUUUCUUCUUUAAGUACAACAGGUACUUAAAUUAUUUAUUUAUUUUUUUUCAUGUGAUACUUUUACUUGAGUCACUUUUUGCCUUUGUAUCUGUACUUUUACUUAAGUAACAAAAUUGAGUACUUCAUCCACCACUGCUUUUUAAGUAUGAAAAUGCAAGUUUCUUGGAAUAUGCUGAUGUUUUGGACUUGUAACAAUACAGUUUGACAACAAAAAUAUAUCAGAACUAUAAAAAACUCCUUGGUGAUUCACAACACCCCCAACAGCACAAUAUGUGAAGGAAUGAGCUCCUAUCGGCCUUUGAAUACGCUGCCAGACUUGCUUGGAAGAACACAAAUAUACAAAUCUUUCUUUUAACUACCUAAGGGACAUUUAUUAACAAACUUGAGGACACAUUUAAAGUGUUUUCUGGAAAAUAAUCUCUUUGGAAACACAAAUAUAAGCACAGAAGAGCAUGGGCACUGAUGUGUGGAGUGUGUGGUCCAUCAGAUACCAUAUUGUAAGAGAGAUGUCAAGUAAUUUCCAUACACCGUCACAAUAGGUAUGUUCUGAUGUGUGUUGUGAAAAUGUGCAUGGUCACCAUUUUGUUCACUGUUGAACUCUUUUGUAUUGGCUUUUUGUCAAAUAACAUGGUGAUUGUGAAAUGCAAAUUACUUUUCUUCUACAGAACAAUAACUAUAUAGACUCAGGUGAAUGGAGACAUUUCAUACAAGGUACAGGCUUCCAUUUUAUUCACUAGCUCAAUAUUUUCUGAGAUUCAAAAAGCAUCUCAACAUGUCUACAAGCACCUGCUAUAAUGUAUAUACUAGUGCAGACAUUACAUUCACUUUUGUAGCUUGUGCCAAAUUUUAGUGCCAUUUUAAACUUAAAGGGCUCAUAUUACACUAUUUUCUGGUCUAUGUUAUAAUGUUUCCUCAUCAAAAACAUACCUGAAGUUGUGUUUUGUUUCAUUCACACAUGCGUGUCUCUCAAACAGAAAACACUCCAAUUUGUGACGGCAGUAAUACACCUUCACGGCGAGAAUCAUCUGGAUAAUUUCAGCCCUGGAAUUGCCAAGUUCCACUUAAUUAAAAGGUAAAAGGUAGCUGCUAGCUUGAGAACAAGCCUACCUCUUCAUCACAAGGUGGUACAGAGCAUUUUGAGCUUUGGAGAUGUGGACAGACUAAUAAUAAAGGGUUACUCAAACAUGUGCAAAUGAAACAAAACACAAGUGUUUGAGGAGAUAACAGCAUUAUAACAUGGAAUAAAGCUCACAAUAGUGAAUUUUGUGUAAUGUAGGACCUUUAAAUUCAACCAACCUUUACUUAUUCAAAACCAUCCAACCCAAGCUUGCAAUACAAUAAUUUUCUACCUUCAGUUCAAUCAAUGAAAAUGAUUCUUUCUUGUAUCUGACAAAAGAAACAGUUUGGGUUAUUAUGCACGUAUGUUGGGUCGUUUUCACACUGGUUAGGUUGAGUUAGGUCGACGUACAAGAGCAUUCGAGGGGACGCAAGCAUGUGAAGUUGGGCGAUCAGCUGGUAGACUCUCAUAUGACUCAUGGUGAGUGUUUGAACUGAAUGAUAUGUAUGUGAACAAGGCCGUCCCAAAAGUAAAGUAAACAACCAAAUCUAGUACACACAGGGGUCGGUCCACAGUCUGCACUAACAUGUGUGAAAUCGACCUUACUUUCAAUGUGUGUGUAAUUUUUUGUGUCACUGUUAAAGAUUACUUGCAUUGUUCAGGGGUCAUGUGCAAUUUGUGCUUUAUGGAGGCAUUAUACAAUUGAAUGAUAAACUACAAAACUAAAGUUGCAUAUUAAAUUGUGCUG